UAUUAGUUCACAAGAUAGGAUUGAAAUCUUUCAUUCUUAAAAACUGAUCUCAGAUUUUUCCACUAAUUUUUCCGACCACCCUGAAUGGAAUGAUGGUUACCAUGGAAACUUGCCAUAAACAACAUUGUUUCGAGUUGUUUGAGUAUCGAAUGUCUGGUUGUUUCUAUUUUGAAAAUGAUUCUAAGUAGAUCUAAGCCAGCCCUAAGCCAAUCCAGUGCAGAACUAGGGAAAAGAGAUGCGAAAAAAAAUAAGUUCAAAAAUGUUUUUCAACUGGAAGAAUUUUUGUCGAAAAGGGAUUAUACUGGAGCUAUUACUUUAUUAGAGUUUAUACAACAACAAAAUUAUGAGCCUAACUUGGAGCUGUGGAUGGCUUACUGUUUUUUCCAUCUCGGUGAUUAUAAAAAAUCGUUAGAUAUUUAUAACAGAUUGAAGAAAACGAAUCCAGAUAUCAAGAAUUUGGCAGUGGAUUUAGCGUGCUGUUAUUUCUUUUUAGGGAUGUAUGAGGAAUCGAAAAAAAUGGUGGAAGAAGCUGAGCAGAGCGGGUUGAAAACGAGAUUGAAUUUCCAUUUAUCGCAUAAGUUAAGGGAUGAAAAUGCUUUGAUGACUUACCAUCAACAAUUGGAGGAUGUUUUGGAGGACCAAUUGAGUUUGGCAGCUAUUCACUAUUUGAGAGCGCACUAUCAAGAGGCUAUUGAUAUUUACAAACGUUUGUUAUUACAUAACAGAGAUAACCUGGCCUUAAACGUUUAUGUGGCUCUGUGCUACUACAAAUUGGAUUAUUAUGACAUAUCCCAAGAGGUCUUGAACAUUUACUUGAACCAGUUUCCAAACUCGGUGAUUGCGACGAAUUUGAAGGCCUGCAACCAUUUUCGACUGUACAACGGUCUGGAAGCUCAGAAUAUUCUCCGAUCCAUUUUAGACGCUAGCUCCAGCGUAUCCUUCGGUUACGACCUCCUGAGACACAAUAUGGUGGUCUUCAAGGAUGGAGAAGGUGCUUUGCAGGUAUUUCCUUCAUUGGUAGACAUCGUACCGGAAGCUAGGCUGAACCUAGUCAUCUUUCAUUUACAUAAAGAUGACAUCAGGGAAGCUUUCGAUUUGAUUAGAGAUCUUCAGCCUACUGUUCCGCAUGAAUACAUACUGAAGGGUGUUGUGAAUGCUGCUGUGGGACAGGAAAUAAAUUCCGAGGAAAAUAUCAAAAUAGCCCAGGAGAAUUUUCAAUUAGUUGGUAGCUCGGCAAGUGAAUGUGACACCAUAAGUGGACGUCAGUGUAUGGCCGCGGCCUUCUUUCUAGACGGUCAGUUUGAAGAAGUCUUGGUUUAUUUGUCGUCGAUCAAAAGUUAUUACAAUUCAGACGAUACCUUUAAUUUCAACUACGGUCAGGCCAAGACCGCCUGCGGUCAGUAUAAGGAAGCCGAAGAGACCUUAUUGCUCAUUAAAAGCGAGAAAAUAAAGAACGAUUACAUCUACUUAUCCCACCUGGCCCGAUGUUACGUGGCGAACAAGAAAGCCCAACAGGCCUGGGAACUUUUCCUGAAAAUGGAGAGCAGUCCCGAAAGUUUCAAUUUGCUCUUGUUGCUGGCUAACGAUUGUUAUAGAUCUGGGGAGUUUUGGUAUGCUGCGAAGGCUUUCGACAUGUUGGAUCGGCUAGAACCAAAUCCGGAAUUCUGGGAGGGCAAAAGAGGUGCUAUCGUUGGGGUUUUUCAGGGAGUUAUAGCAAAAAUUUUCCCUGAGGAGAUGUUAAACGACGCUUUAUCUCUGUUGAAUAACUCAUCCUCCUCACAAGCAGAUCAAAUAGCUAAAACCAUAAGGAGAUGGAUGAAAGAAAGGAGAAAUAGUGGAAUUAAAUGAGAGCUGAAUGGAUUCCAGGAAUUAUUAUGUGAUCGCAAUAAGGGUACUGUUGGUCGAUGGAUAAUAAAACAAGUUAUGAAUUUUUA